AUGGAGAUGCAGAUGAAGCAAUUCAGGACACCCCAAUAUCCAUCAACUCAGAAAGCUCACUACUGGGAUAUUCAUGAACCUCAACAGUUCAGCACACCUCAGCACCCAACCAUGGCAGCAAACAAAUGGGAUGGUACUCAAUCUCUCCGUUUCGAUUAUGGCACAGCAAACCAUUGGGUAGGGGCAGAUUCUCUUCGUUAUGAUUACGCCACACCCCAGCCUGAAUUUCUGGGAGGACAUGAAUACUGGGAAGAUGAUCUACCAUCCGAGGGCGGGUCUCCACGAAGCACAGCUGCCAGAAACUACUGGGGCAACGUUGAUGGAAGACGGCAUUUUGGAACACCGCUCAGCCCGGCAGCUUUUCGAACAAAGAAGACUCCUGAACGUGAUCUAAUCCCGAAAUCCAUCAGGACUCCUGAACAUCCAGCAGCAAAUGGAAAGAAUGUGUGGGGAACCCCUGAUAGAAUCAGGCAAUUUGGGACACCCCAACAUCCGAGUGCAUUCAAGGAAUUCAGAACACCGCAACAUCCGUCUCAGGGGACUAAUAACUGGGGCGGAGCUUCUCCAUUGUUAGCUAGGAAUAUACCCCAAGAGUCCCUUGAUAAAAGGUACGAAAGGCUAAAUACCAUAAGAACUCAGGAUGCGAUUUUUUCAUCAGUGGAGGAAGAUGACAACUAUCAUAAUUCCUCUUCAGGAACGGAAGCUAGAUACAGAGGACAUGAAAUCAUUAACCCGAACCCGGAUCCAAUUCCAACUUCAAAUGCAACAAAGCGUCCUCGGGGAUUGCUGUGGAAGUGGAUGAAGAAGAAGGAGCAGGAUCCGAAAGUACAGGGUAAUCCAUCCAAGAAGAAAAAGAAAUGGUUCCGGAGAUUUGACGUACGGAAGAGAUGGCCAACUGGUUGGUACUGA